ACACGUCCUCGGAGAACCGCCGCAGUCAGAGCUGCAGACUGACUGCCCGCCGGACGCGAGAUCAUCCGAACUUCCCGAGUCCAAAGUCUGUCCGACUGCGCAGACUCGCUGUCACGCUUUACUUCUGGCACGGGCUUACAAAGUAGCCUUAAACUGUGUGUUUUAUAAUGAUCGUUGUUAUUUAUGAAUGGGUUAUUCUUCAUGCAGCAUUGCUCGGAGUAAAUAUCCGUCAGGAAGUUCGUGGAAAGUGAGCUGUGUUCCGUUUCGAUCCCUCGCGGCUGGAGAUGGACUCUGCCUGGCAGAAGGUCCGGUCUGUGCACCAGUGGAUACUGCAGAAUGGAGACAAAAGGACGGACCCGUGGCUGCUGGUCUACUCCCCCGUCCCGGUGUGUGUCAUCUUCGUGCUGUAUCUCUGUGUGGUCUGGGCCGGCCCCCGGCUGAUGAAACACAGGGAACCCUUCGACCUUAAAGUUGUCCUCACUGUGUACAACUUCACCAUGGUCUGCCUGUCUGUGUACAUGUUCCACGAGUUUUUGGUGACAUCCUGGCUGUCAAAGUACAGCUACCUGUGUCAGCCUGUGGACUACAGCACCCGCCCGCUUGCAAUGAGGAUGGCCAACGUGUGCUGGUGGUUUUUCUUCUCCAAGGUCAUUGAGCUCAGUGACACGGUGUUCUUCAUCCUGAGGAAGAAGAACAGUCAGCUGACCUUCCUUCAUAUCUAUCAUCACGGCACCAUGAUCUUCAACUGGUGGGCUGGGGUCAAGUACGUGGCCGGGGGACAGUCCUUCUUCAUUGGCCUGCUCAACACAUUUGUCCACAUUGUGAUGUACUCCUACUACGGCCUGGCCGGCCUGGGGCCUCACAUGCAGAAGUACCUUUGGUGGAAGCGCUACCUGACCUCUCUGCAGCUGCUGCAGUUUGUGCUGUUGACCACACACACGGGUUACAACCUGUUCACCGAGUGCGACUUCCAGGACUCCAUGAACACGGUGGUGUUUGCCUACUGCGUCAGCCUCAUCGCCCUCUUCAGCAACUUCUACUACCAAAGCUACGUGAACCGGAAGAGGAAACAGAAGUGACGCGUACGCGCGGGCAAUCGCACGCUGUCGCCUUGUCAGUGACGUCAGCUGUGAUAUUUGGCAACAAAAAAAAAAUCCUCCGUACCGAGUUCUUCAGGCGGCCUAAACUUAUUCUUGAACCCUACUCAAGUCCUUUCAGCCGGUUGUUGGCCCACCUUUAACCAAACUUGUUUCUCUUACCAACACCUACGUUUAGAUGAACCAGAACCGGUCAAACAAGGUGCAUUAUGGGUUCGGUUUUCAUAGGUUUUACCGACCUUUCAUGAGGUCACUCCCGUGCCUCCUAUCUGCAGUACCGAUAAAUGCCCACUAGAGGGCAGAGCCUGUUCAUAAUAAGGCCACCGCAGCAGUUCAGUUCAUGCGCGCCUGAAUGUUAAUUGAAUGUCUGUAUAUGAUUUGGCCAAAUAUUGUGUAGCUAGGCACAUACAAUCAA